UUACAGCUCCUCAGUCUGCUCAGCAGCUGCAGCAGCUACAUCUCCUCCAGUCCUCAUCCACCACGAUGUACACCAGAGCCAGCCAGUCAGUGGGCGGCGGCGUCUACAUGGGCAGCAGCAAGUCCAUGUCCAGCACCAUGGGAGGCCGAGUCAGGAUGUCCACCGGUGUUUCCAACAUGUCCAUGUAUGGCGGCGGUAGCGGUGGUGGCUACAGUGGCUAUGGAGGCUAUGGUGGUGGCCAAAGCAGUGGUGGUGGAGGGAUGAGCUUUGCCUUCUACAGUGGAGGUGGUGGUAGUGGAGGUGGUGGCGGUGCUGGCGGGGCAGCAUUUGGCGCUGGCGACAGCAUGGACAUCUCAGCCAAUGAGAAGGCCACCAUGCAGAACCUGAACGACCGAUUGGCUUCCUACCUGGAGAAGGUUCGCAAGCUGGAGGCUGAGAACGCCGAGCUGGAGCUGAAGAUCCGCCAGUUCCUGGAGAGCAAAACCUCACCAUCCGCCAGAGACUACAGCGCCUUCUUUGCCACCAUCGCAGAGCUGCAGGGACAGAUCCAGGAUGCCACCAAAGUGAACGGUGGGAUUUACCUGGCGAUCGACAACGCCAAGCUGGCUGCUGAUGACUUCAGACUCAAGUAUGAGAAUGAACUGGCCAUGCGUCAGUCCGUGGAGGCCGACAUCGCCGGGCUCAGGAGGGUUCUGGACGAACUGACUUUGGCCAGAACUGACCUGGAGAUGCAGAUCGAAGGCCUGAAGGAGGAGCUGAUCUUCCUCAAGAAGAACCAUGAGGAGGAACUGCUGGCCAUGAGGACCCAGAUGAGCGGUCAGGUGAACGUGGAGGUGGACGCUGCUCCUCAGCAGGACCUCAGCAAGCUCAUGGAGGAGAUCAGGGAGGACUACGAAAACAUCGCCGCCAAAAACCGCAAAGAGCUGGAGGCCUGGUUCCAAAACAAGAAAGACGCACUAAAUAAAGAAGUCGCCGUUAGCACAGAAACCAUCCAGACGUCCAAAUCCGAGGUGACUGACCUGAAGAGGAUGCUGCAGAGUCUGGAAAUAGAGCUGCAAUCACAGCUCAGCAUGAAAGCCGGGCUGGAUGGAACCCUCGCCGACACCCAGAGCCGGUACGCCAUGAUGUUGGGAGGUCUUCAGAACCAGGUGACGUCCAUGGAGGAGCAGCUGGUGCAGCUGAGGGCCGACAUGGAGAGACAGAAUCAGGAGUACCAGAUGCUGCUGGACAUCAAGACCAGGCUGGAGAUGGAGAUCGCCGAGUACAGGAGGCUGCUGGACGGAGAGGGAGGCGGCAGGUAG